AUGGCGUUCCCGGUCACCGUUGACAGUUGCGGCACGCUCGUCACCUUCGAGGCGGCGCCCGGGCGCAUGGUCGUUCACGACAUCAACAUGGCCGACAUGGCGUUCGCACUGGGCCUGCAGGACCGCAUGGUCGGCGUGACCGGCAUCUCGGGCUGGUACAAGACAAGCGCCGAGUUCGACGAGCGUCGGGGCGACAUUCCCGAACUCGCACCCAAAUAUCCGACCAUGGAGAACCUUGUCGCCGCCGAGCCCGACCUCUUCUUCGCCGGCUGGUAUUAUGGCAUGCGCCCGGGCGGCGAAGUGACGCCGGAAACACUGGAAGCGCAGGGCAUCAAGACGCUGGUUCUGACGGAAAGCUGCAUUCACCUGGACCAGGAUCGGCCCGCGGCAUCGAUGGACCUUCUGUUUGACGACACGCUGCGCCUUGGCAAAGUGUUCGGCAAGGAAGCCGAGGCAAGGGCCCUUGUCGAUGACUGGACAUCCAAGCUCGAAGCCAUCCGGCAAUCGGUGCCGGAAGGCGAAGCCACGCGCGUGUUUCUUUAUGAUUCCGGCGAAGAUCAGCCCUUCACGGCAGGCAAAUACGCCAUCACCACCGCCAUGAUCGAGGCGGCUGGAGGGACCAACGUGACCGGCGACAUGGAGACAAGCUGGGGACGCACAUCCUGGGAGGCCGUUGCGGCCGCCAAUCCCGAAUUUCUCAUCCUUCUCGACUAUCAGGGCGGCGAUGGCGCCGAGGGCCUCCUGGCAUUCCUGAAAGCGCACCCCGUCAUGUCGCAGACCGAUGCGGUGAAGAACGAGCGCUACGUGACCCUGCGCUAUGAGGAACUCACCCCGGGACCGGCGAACAUCGACGCGAUCGGGAAGAUCGCCAAGGCGCUGUCACGCUCGCUCACCGGGGCCUAUGGCGAGGCCGGCCCGACGCCGAUCGACCGGAUCGUCGUCGAUCUCAGGCUGCCGCGCGCGCUGCUUGCGGUCAUGGUCGGGGCAGGGCUUGGCGUGGUUGGCUGCCUCCUGCAAACCGUGACGCGAAACGAUCUCGCCGAUCCGUUCCUGUUCGGCCUUUCCUCGGGCGCCGCGGCCGGCGCCGUGCUCGUCAUCACCGUGACAGGCGAUGUGCUUGGCAUAUGGACUCUGCCCAUCGCCGCCUUUGUCGGCGGCAUGCUCGCCUCGGCCAUCGUACUGGUUCUGGUCGCGCGUCUGCGCGAUCAGGGACCGGCACGGCUGAUCCUCGCCGGUCUGGCGGUAUCGUUCCUGUUCAUGGCGGUGACCAACUAUCUCGUCUUUGCCGGCGAUCAGCGGGCAGCGCAUUCGGUCCUGUUCUGGACGCUCGGCGGGCUGGGUCUCGCCCGCUGGGAUCUGCUCCCCAUCGCGCUUGCCGGCGCGGUCGUGAUCUUCGUCUUCGCGCAGGUCAGCUAUCGCCGGCUCGACGCGCUGCUCGCCGGCGACGACACGGCCAGGACGUUGGGCGUGAACGUCGACGCGAUGCGCCGGAUCACCUUUCUCGUCUGCGCCUUUGCGACCGCCGCCUUCGUCUCGAUCACCGGCGUGAUCGGAUUUGUGGGCCUGAUGGUUCCACACCUCGCACGCGGGUUCGUGGGCCCGAUGCACAAAGGGCUGAUCAUCAUGUCGGCGAUUAUCGGCGCCUGUCUGCUGCUCGCCAGCGACAUCGCCGCGCGCACCCUGUUGAUGCCGCAGGAACUGCCGAUCGGCAUUGUCACGACCGCCCUGGGCGCGGUCUUCGUUCUGGGGCUGCUGCGGCGGCUGUAG